AUGGCUCUCAUUUUUGCUAGAACUCAUUAUGCUAUGGGUGGUUACUAUAAUUAUGUUGCCAUUAUUAGGCAACACUUAUUCAAUAAUUCCAACUACACAUUUUUGAAGAUAGAAAAUGCUUUGGAAAGCAAUGAUGAUCUAAAAGUUCAUUUCAAAUCAAAAGACACUGAUAUUGGGGAGAACUAUCUGAAGCCUCAUGAGUCUUUUGAGUCCCAUUUUCGACCUAAUGUUUGGGGCUGCACACUUUUCUAUUGCUGGUAUUCAUGGAAAGGUGGUUGCUAUUGGUUUGAAAUAUAUAGCGAUACAAGGGACAAUGCAAGACAUUGUGUCGAAGUUUGCGCUUGGCAAAUUAAGAAAAAGGGACCAUGUUUAUAUAUACCUAAAGAUAAGAAGUCUCGUUGUUAUGAUUGGAAUGCAAAACCAGGUCCACUUUGA